AUGACAGGAGGAACACACCUAUCUCUUGUAGAUGCUGCAGUGGAAGACAUCAAGGAUAGCGUUAUUCUGGAGAGGCAGUUCAGAGGUUACGAGGCUGGUAGUUUUCAUGGAGGAACAGGUCCUAGUGUGUUUACCACUACAUUACAGAGCUCUCAUGCUCAGAAGAAUCGCCCAGAAAUGUAUGUGAGGGAUCUUAUCGAAGGAGACGAACCCUCUGACUUGUCCUCCCUGGCGAACGCUUUAAGCACCUACCGGGUUGAUCCUCUAAGCUUGCACCGAGCAACAAAACAUAAGAAGAAGAAGACGAGGACGAGGACGAAGAACUUGAAUAAGACGUCGAACUUGAGCGAAUGUGAAGACAGCCUAGCGAGUACAUCUGACGAAGGAGAAGAAGAAGAAGAAGAAGAAGAAGAAGAAGAAGAAGAAGAAGAAGAACAGGUACUUCAAAGCGAUGUUGAGGACCUUUCCGCUGGAAAAAGAGGAGCCAAGCGCCGUGUGCGAAGCAGUCAGUUCAACAUUACAUUGAAAUGAGCAACUCAGACCGACCGACACAGGAUCGGAUCAAGUUAUUGUCUGUUUCAGAAGAAGGUAAAUUGCUUCGCAAAUACGAGGUAUCAAGUGCACGUGAUUGGCUUGGUUAUGGGCCCUACACCGUAUCAAUUGGCACAACGCCGAGUUGCACUUGUGAAGAUUUCAUGAAGAGCCAAAUGGUGAAGAUCUGCAAGCACUUGAUUUGGGUGUACGUAGUCGUUCUUAGAGUCAAUGAAAAGGACGAUACCCCUCAACAAGCAGCACUCACUGAGGAGGAAGUCCACUCCAUUUUUCAACGCGCACCACCUCCAUGUACUCAGCCAAAGCCCGCCUUAGGUAAGAAACACUUAGUCUCUAAGAGUAGCAUAAACGAUGGGCAGAGUAACGCUGAAAGAGUGAUUAGAAAUGACCUGCGGAGUAAUCACCCACAAGUGAGGCGUCUGGAGCGGUUGAAUCGAUCCACCGGCUCCAAACCACAGUGUGCAGGGUGUAAGAAAGUGUCCUUUGAUACUGGUGAUAUUCUGUUGGCGGUUGAUGCUCUUUACGUUCCACGCAACAAGGAAUUUUGUGUUCAGUGUACUUAUAGAUUCUGUGUCGACGCUCCGUGCUUCUCCAGUCUUAAAGAAAUUAUUGCUUUAACAGUGCAGUUGCCGUCCGCACAUUAUGCUAAUUUGCGGCCUGUAUAAUCCUCCCAAGCAAGGUUUUCAAACUUAAAACCAGCAAGAAAUUUAAUAAGUUUUGAUAACCGAGAACGCAUCUUGCCGGUCGAGGAGCGACUCAGGAAGACAUUGAAAGAGCAUUCUCUAUGGGGCUAACAAUUGACCGAAUGCAACCUCACACUGAAUUCUGA